AUGGCAGAGGAUCCCAAUAUCUUCGAGCCUUGGACUGACUCCAAGGAGGAACUCGGGUUGAAUCAGCAGUCCAAGUCUACGUCUAUGUCUACGUCCAAUCCCAAUCCUGAUACCAAAACAACUGCACCCUGUGGAGAGAAAUUAUCGAAGAUUCGGAAUAGUCAUAAGAAUCAUACCCUUCGAGCCAUCCGAUUUCAUUUUGAUGAAACGCCACUCACUGUGCUGAAGGUUAGUAGGGAAAAGGGUGAAUAUGAUCGUAUCAGGAAUUUAUGUUUAGAAUACGAAGCUAUUAAUGCCGAUGAUACAACUCCUUAUCUUAGUGUCUGUCCUGCUUCUCUUUAUAGUAGUAGAGUUGGUGGAUUUGGAAAUGUUUUUGACCCUACAAAUGCAAUCGCCUGCAUUGAGGGACCCUCUGAGAGCCCGUACGCUGGAGGUAUCUUCUUUCUACACAUUUAUUUUCCUAUUCUAUAUCCUGGACGGCCUAUGAAAGUGCGCUUUUUGACACAGAUUCAUCACCCGAGUAUCAGUGCAGGUAUAGAUCUCCGCCUGCCAAGUAUUACAACUGAAUGGCUUCCGGAGACUUCUUUACAAAGUGUUCUUUUGUCGAUAUUCUCACUGCUUAGGGAACCCAAGCUGGAUGAUGAUUCUGUACCUGAGAUAGCGAAGGAAUAUAUCGAUGAUUACAACGGGUUCUUCGAAAAGGCACAAAUUUCCACAAUCAAACAUGCGUCAAAGAAGCGACUGGAUGUGAGAAAAUUGGUAAUAGAUUGGAUACAAGACUACGUGACCUUUGAUUACGCCGUUGCUUCAUGUAAUAAGGCUCUCUUGCUGUGGCGUCAGAACAUAUGGGAGGCAUUACCAAAAGAUGGUAGCCGCGAGGACGUUCAGUUGCAAUGCGUCAUACCAGACUCUGCCAUAAUAACCAUAUCUCAGAACCUGAGGAGAUUGUGUACUAGCGAAAUCAGACUUGAGGAACUGGACUUGAGGGAAUGGGGUAGACGUGAGCUGUAUUCAAGAGAUCAUUCCCAGUCAUCGCUCGGAAAUACACUGGUUGCAGUGUGGCUCAAGCUUCAAGAUGAGAAGAGAGGCAUUGAAGACGAUAAUGAUAUCGUUCCUGGUGGGGCCUCAAAUGAUACUGUUGAAGCAUGUCAGCUUAUGUUUAGGCAGUGGCGUGAUGACGUAUGGGAAGCGUACCCAAAGAAUACCUUCAAAGACCGUGAAUCCGUCAUACCAGAUUCUGCUAUCCUCACCAUAUCUAACAACCUGGAAAAAAUAGGCUCCGCUGAAGACAAUAAGUUUUGUAUUCGGAAAUCGCUUCAAGACGUGUGGGAGGAUUACGUCGAAGCAAGAGAGGAAACUACAAGUACAACUGUUCCAGAAGGCGGUCACGGUUCAAAGGCUGAAGGCCCGAAAUCUCCCCGGAGACUUCAACUUGGUUUCGAGCCUGAAAAGAAACCAUCGCCUAUCAGAUGGGUUGGUAUCCGUUCUGGUAAUACUAGAAGCUCAAGGUCCAAGCCAGAACUACGAGUUACAAAAAGUGAAGCGAGUACCAAGGUCAACAGCUCAAGGUCCACACAGGAACUACGAGCUACAGGAAGUAAACCGGGUUCCAAGUUCAUGAACUCAAAGUCCAAGCGGAAUUUCAUAAUUACAAGAGAGGAUCCUGGUGCCAAAGCUAGCAGCUCAAAUUCUGUUCAAGGAGCAGGAAUCGCAGAAGAUAGACUCGGCUCAGAGAUCAGAAGCCCAAACUCUAAUAAGGGAUCACAAAUUACAAAAAGUGAUCCUGAUCCCGACAUGCAAGAUUUAAAGUCUGAAGUUGAAAGGCUUAACUUACCAACUUCGGAAGAUGAUCUCAGUCCCAUGGCUGAAGGUUCAAAGUCUGGCCAGGGAUUACAAGCUACAGGGGGUGAGGAGACCAACAAAGGUCUCAAGGGAGACAGCAAAGGCAAAGGCAAGGGCUCUGUCACAAAUUAA